GAAUGAAGGGCCUUCGCUUGAGGGGCAGAAAUUAAACUUCAAACACUUGACGUUAAUUGUUUUUAUUUUGUUUAAUUGUUUCUUUUAUUUUCUGAUUAACUUUUUAUUUCUCUUUUUUUUUACUCUGAUUGUGGUUUUACUUUUGUCUUUGUAUAAAAAUGUCAACUGGAUAUGAUGGUAACCGAUCUGCCGGUGGCGGUGGUGGUGGUGCUCCUGCAUCAUCUAAACGGCUUCAACAAACUCAAGCUCAGGUGGAAGAGGUUGUCGGUAUUAUGAAACAUAAUGUGGAAAAAGUUUUGGAACGGGAUCAGAAAUUAAGUGAAUUGGAUAAUCGAGCUGAUGCCUUGCAACAAGGUGCCUCACAAUUUGAACAACAAGCUGGUAAAUUAAAGCGUAAACAAUGGUGGAGAAACAUGAAAAUGAUGGCCAUUUUAGCUGGAAUAUUUAUUGUCUUUCUUAUUGUGCUGAUCGUUUCAUUCACUUCUUAAAAAAAAGGAAAAGUAUUAAUCUCCCAACAAUAUCAAAUCUCUUUUUGUCAAAGAAACAAAACAAAAACAAAAAUUAUUCAGAAGUUCAUUGUCAUCUGAGUAAGCUCAACAUUCUGAUGAUAUUACUUUUAUGAUAAUAAUAAAACUGAAAUUGGUUAAAUUUUUUUUUAACUCAAAAAAAGAUUAAA